UGGGGGUUCAGCUUUCGCAGAAGCCCCCCUUGGCUUCCCUCCGAUGGCCCACCCCCUCUCAGGGCUGCCCCCUUUCUUCGGCAGCCCUGCCCACCCACGCUCCUCUCUCGGGGAGAUGUUCCGAGGACUGCUUUUGUAUGGACGGCAUCUGCAGAAGGAUCAGUGCAAAACAACAUUUCUCCAGAAACCGCCAGCAUCACCACUUUUAAAUGACCCAUUUCGGGCCCCUUUCUUCACAAAAUUUGCACAGAGCACCCCGAGGUCGGAAGUAGCUUUUCCCCUAUUAAACAUGGCGGAAAGCUUUCCUGUCUCCAAGGAAACACCACGUAAUGAAUUCGAGUGCGAGCGGGUGGCUGUGCGCACGCGCGGGAGCACCCGCCACCGGAAGUGAUGUCUCCCUUAACCAAGCCGGCGGCCUAGUGCGCCUGUGUAGUCGACACUUCCGGCAGCUGUACGGCGCAAAUGGUGGAGAAGAAACCUUCGGUUCGCUCCCAGGACCCCAGCCAGCGGCGGGUGCUGGACCGGGCAGCCCGGCAGCGUCGCAUCAACAGGCAGCUUGAGGCCUUGGAGAAUGACAACUUCCAGGACGACCCCCACGCGGGGCUCCCGCAGCUGGGCAAGAGGCUCCCACAGUUUGAUGACGAUGCAGACACUGGAAAGAAAAAGAAGAAGACUAGAGGUGAUCAUUUUAAACUUCGCUUCCGGAAAAACUUCCAGGCCCUGCUGGAGGAGCAGAACCUGAGUAUGGCAGAGGGCCCCAACUACCUUACUGCCUGUGCAGGGCCCCCCUCCCGGCCCCAGCGCCCCUUCUGUGCUGUGUGCGGCUUCCCCUCCCCCUACACCUGCGUCAGCUGUGGAGCCCGAUACUGCACUGUGCGCUGUUUAGGCACGCACCAGGAAACGAGGUGUCUGAAGUGGACUGUGUGAGCAGGGCUACCCGGACAGGAAGGCCUCCUGGCCACAUCACCCAAGAAGGUACUGCUGCGGGACCAAGGGAGGAGCCACACCACGGACUCAGCCAAAACACUGUCUCCACCCAUCCAGAGGGGCCGGCCCGGCCCAGGACUGCAAAGGGGAAAAGGAGGAUGGGGCGGGGGCGGAGCCUGCAGAAGGCUACUUGAAUAAACAGGCACACAAAGCUA